AUGACUGAGCUGAUGGGAGCAACGGCUGUGGAACUUCAACAGACCGCAGCAGCUCAACCAGUGCUGCCCGGGGCAUCGGAGCUUCCAGUUGAUGUGGAUGACGACUCGCCCGCAGCUCUUCAGACGAGAAGGUGGUAUGACCGAGAAUGUGGGUGUCAAGCAUCUUGUGUCAGAAGGUUUGCUGAUGACCCUGCCUUGACAGCGUCAGUUGAAAAAUUUCAAAGCCACAGCAAGUCCAUGGGCACCCAGGAACGUAGGACAUACAUGUUCAACAUCCUGAGGGGCAUGGUGCAAAAAGAUGGCGGCCUACGCUCCCAUGUCCAGAAUUACAAGUUCUUGGGCCAGGGUGUUUGCGCUUCAGCUUUCUACAUCCUGGCUGGGUCAUCCAAGACAAUGGUGAGCAAGCUGGUGGAUUCUUUGCUUGCUGGUGCAGAAGUUCCAGCUGAUGAUGGAAGAUCUCAUAGGAAGGAGCGGCAGAAACCUUGCUUUGAGAUUGUGAAUGCCUUCUUUCAUUGGGUUUACCAGCACAUGGCUGAGCCCUUAGCGGAAGGACUGGCCGACGAUGUGCCUGAAGAGAUGGAUGACCCGACAGCUGCUGAACUCGAAUUGCAGGCUUCAUCCAAGCAUUUCGAUCCUUACCAAGAAUGGAUCUGUUCUGGCAAUCCAUUUGUGGCCCAAGGCAUCCCACAGGAAGAGAGGGAGCAAAGGUGGCUUCAUCCCAUGUCCAUUGCCGACCUUUACCAGCAGUUCUUGUACAUGUACGCAGACCACCCUGAGAAGACAACUGUCAGCUCGACUGUUUUCUACUUGUGCUGGAAGAAGAACUGGCAGGGCACGUUGAGAAUUCGCAGAAAGACCCAGCAUGCGAAAUGUGAUGUUUGCAUCCGCUUCAAGAAGUAUCGAAAACAGGCAGCCUCAGAAUCCCAGAAGUCCACUGUGAAUGCUGGCUACAACGCACAUUUGCGCUCAGUCUUCCGUGACCGGCAGCUGGGCACUUCUAUGGCGGUCCACAGUGAGAUGUCCAUGGCGAACAUGGACAUGGGGAAGCAGUGGGAAGCAGCUUGGAGACCGGAGCUCCUCAACACGUUGGUGUUGUGCCAUGGUGUCGCUGACUUGUUCUAUGUGGCCAGCUGCGACCAAAGGAAGGACAGCAACCAUCAGCUGACAGUGCUGAGCCAUGCUUUGAAGGCAAUCGCAGACAUCGUGGCAGAGAAGAGUUUGCCCAUGCCUGGCCAUGUCUGCAUUCAGCAGGACAAUACCACCAGAGAGGGGCGGAAUCAGUGGACGAUGCUAUGGGGGGCCCAUUUGGUGGCAUCAGGGCUGAUGUCGAGUGUGACGUUUGCCUUCUAUCAGGUAGGACACACGCACAACGAGUGCGAUCAAGCAUUUGCAAGGGUGGCCCACACCUUUAACACAGCAGAUCGCCCAUUGGAAUCUCCUGAGGAUUUCCAAGCUGAGAUUUGCAACCGCUAUGACUGCGAGCCUUCAGAUCAGAGACCUGAGGAUGUGAUCAUGCUGGCAAAGCAGUACAUGAACAGCGAGAGCCUUUGCCAACAUCCCAUCUUGAUCUUGCCAGCUAAGCAGCUGGAUCAGCUGGAAGCCGCUUCACCGCUUGAACCUAUGCCCCGGAAAGCGUUGAGCCAGACUCAAAUCAAGGAGUUCCAGAAGACUGCAACGUUGUGUGCCUCCCCGCCAGUGGGCAUGAUCCGAGCCAGCCAGUACUUGCAGUCAUUGUGCCACAAUUCCAUGGUAAAGGCCAAAGCCGUUCCACCACCAAUGAGUUUUUACCAGAUGCACACCGUGGAGGACCGCCUAGCAUCAGCAAACCAGGCCGAAAUGGAUCCCAAAAAUGUGAUAGCGCAGUUCGCGCCCAAGAAGAUUUCAGUGGCAAUGGAGACCCCGUCUUUCCCAGCCGAGAACGCAGCAAUUCAAGCCGAUGGUUUGCCUCCGGCUGCGGACGAUGAAGACGUCUUGCUGAGUGAUCUUUUGGCGUCUGCUGGUGGCUCUGGUGAUGUGGGUGCUGGGCGUGGACAGGGGCGUGGCAAAGGCCGUGGAAGAGGCUGUGGCGUUGCAAAAGCCAAAGCCAGUGCCAAGAGCACAGCGAAGGCCAAGGCCAAGCCAAGUCCAAAGGCUAGAGCCGCCCCAGUGCCAGACGAUGCAGCAAGCACCAGUAGUUACAAAGCGGGCGAAUUCAAUGUCAAGCGGGUUGCUUAUGUGAAGCAGAAGCGCCAAGAAGGAAUGAUGGCAGCAGAAGCCCAACAAGCCUGGAUGCAAAGUGAUGAGAGGCUUGACCUGGUGAGCAGCCUGCCCUUUUCACAGCAGAAGCGCCGCAGGUUUUGCUGA